GAGCAGGGAGGCAGGUGGAGGGGAGCCCAGCCCUGAGCAGCGCUCCCGGCGCCACCAUGGGCAACAGCGCGGGCCGCAGCGACUUCGAGUGGGUCUACACGGACCAGCCGCACACGCAGCGGCGCAAGGAGAUGCUCGCCAAGUACCCGGCCAUCAAGGCCCUGAUGCGGCCGGACCCUCACCUCAAGUGGCUCGUGCUGGGGCUGGUGCUGGCGCAGCUGCUGGCCUGCUGGCUGGUGCGGGGCCUGGCGUGGCGCUGGCUGCUCUUCUGGGCCUACGCCUUCGGGGGCUGCGUGAACCACGCGCUGACGCUGGCCAUCCACGACAUCUCGCACAACACGGCCUUCGGCACUGGCCACCCCGCCCACAACCGCUGGUUCGCCGUCUUCGCCAACCUGCCCUUGGGUGUGCCCUACGCCUCCUCCUUCAAGAAGUACCACGUGGAUCACCACCGCUACCUGGGCGGCGACGGGCUGGACGUAGACGUGCCCACGCGCCUCGAGGGCUGGCUUUUCUGCACGCCGGCCCGCAAGCUGCUCUGGCUGGCGCUGCAGCCCUUCUUCUACUCGCUGCGGCCGCUCUGCGUGCACCCCAAGGCCAUGACCCGCAUGGAGGUGUUCAACGCCCUGGCGCAGCUAGCGGCCAACGCCACCAUCUUCACCCUCUGGGGGCCCAAGCCCAUGGUCUACCUGCUGGCCAGCUCCCUGCUGGGCCUGGGCCUGCACCCCAUCUCGGGCCACUUCGUGGCUGAGCACUACAUGUUCCUCAAGGGCCACGAGACCUACUCCUACUACGGGCCCCUCAACUGGAUCACCUUCAACGUGGGCUACCACAUGGAGCACCACGACUUCCCCAGCAUCCCGGGCUGCAACCUGCCCCUGGUGCGGAAGAUCGCGCCCGAGUACUACGACCACCUGCCCCAGCACUACUCGUGGGUGAAGGUGCUCUGGGACUUUGUGUCCGAGGACUCCCUGGGGCCCUACGCCAGGGUGAAGCGGGUGUGCAAGCUGGCGAAGGACGGCCUGUGAGCCCGACGGCCGGCGCCCUGAGAGCACGGACCCUGCUGCGCGCGCCUCAGUGCCCGGUGGGAGCAGGGCCUGUGCUCUCUGUCUGCUGCCCGGCCUCGCCCCGCCCACCUGCAGCGCUGGCCGUCACCUGUCCCCAGGGCGUGCAGUGCCCAGAACUGGUUUGGCUGCAUUUAGUUCCCGCACCCUAGGCUGCUGUUCUUGUCCCCCUGGAGUCCCGAGACCACGCCUGGAGACAGCGGGCGUGGGUGGCAGCCUGGAGAAGCUUGGUCUGCACGGGGACUGGUGACCGCAGGCCGGGCCCUCCCUUUCAGGACGUCACGCGCGAGGCCUGGCCUGGCGCUGGGUGCCCUGUGCCCAGGGAGCUGAUUUCUCUGGCGUGCCCAUGCCCUAAAUUAAAGCAGCAUGUUUCCAAGUC